GUUCCAAUCGUAGCCUUGGGAAAUAUGCGAGAUUUGUCAAAUCGACGAGUAGACAGUGAUUUUGCGUACAGUUGGGCGGCACGAGAGCGAGUGAAACUGUUCGAAGUGUCAGCUAAAGAUCGGAAUACGCUGGUAGACUUUGUACAAUACCUUGGACAGCGGCAUUUCCAUCCCAUCAAAGAAUCAAAGUUCUCGCUGUCAAAGAAAUUGAAGGCCGAAAAAUCGAAUCCAGCAAUAUUAAUGGAUUUCUAA